AUGAACGAACAGUGGUCGUGUGCCGGUAUUUGUGUAGAACCGCAAUCUGAACAGCGGUCGCUUGGUACCAACCAACAAGCAACAGCAGAAACACAUAAUCUAUCUGUAACUGAUAGGACAACUCCGGCAGCGUCCAUUUCAACGGCAACAACUCCAAUAAAUUUUCCAAAUUGUUCAUCAACCUCUUCAUCGUCACAUCCUGAUUGCGUCACUGGCGCUACAAGCCUAUCAAAUUCAUCAGCGGUUGACGGUCGUGUAUUGAUUCCUUGUUCUACAGUGUCAUUAAACAAAGUGGAAGAACAGAAGAGCAAUAGCUGCAGUUAUGAGCCUUCAUCGAGUGUACCAACGGAUAAUAUCCUUUUGUCGUCCAGUUCAGGAACGCUGACAGACGAAACCUAUCCGUCUACUAGUACAGCUGAUACCAGUAUUUUUGACGAGAAAGCAACGUUGCAGGAUUGUCAGUUGUCUCGACUUAUACGUCGUCGGUGCAGAUUUUUACUACCGUCUAAUAUUUCCCAUAAAUUACUGCGGAUAGCAUUGAAACAACCAGCUACAUUGAAACAUUUAAGUAUAACCUCAGUGAAAGUGGGCGAAUCAAAUCUGUUACCAGUGGUUGUGAAUGAUGCAACACUAAGCCUUCUUUCACUUCCAUAUCCCAGUACAGGUUCUGAAAUGAAUUCUUUGGCUGGUGUACCAGUGAAUGCUAAUGCUACUGAUAGAGCAAAUAUUUAUGAUCCUUAUCAAAGUGAGAAUGGUCGACAUGAAUUGACGCCAUCAACUUCAGCUGGUCAUAUACCAGGUAAACGAAAAGCUGGUGUAAUUAAUAAUGAUAUAUAUCAAACAGGAGUUGGGAUGCAUGGUUAUAUGGGGACAGUUAGUGGACAAUCCAAUGCAACUAAUGCAGUGGCUUCUGUAAAGCAGCAGCAAUCUCAGACUACAUCUAAUACUAGCAGCCCAUUGUUGGUUAAUUUAUUAAGAAGUUCAUCACCAGUUGCUAACGCUGGUAUGCAUAAUUUGCAACAUACACAUAUGUCGCGUCCUUCUGCUGCUCCGAUAAUGCAGCACAUGUCAGCCCCUUCUCCACAAACUCAGGGAACUGUUGGUUAUUCGUCAUAUCCGUACAUGGGACAAAGCACAAUGAAUACACCAGUGCAGCCUGGUCGAAUGCGUCCUUCAGCAACUUCAGUGGAAGUUUCUCACUUAACUACCUCAACACAUGCACAUUCUGAACAACAGCAAAUGCGGCCAACGCAACAAGAGGUCAAUAUGGAAAGACAUCAGCAAGUAGUUGCUACACAACAGCAGAGUGCACCAGCGCAGCAGUUACCUCAGGCAUAUUAUCCUCAAUACAACCAGAGACGUCCAAUGCUCUCUGGCUUCACAGUCCGCGGACAAAUACCGCAACAGCAUGCUGUUUAUGCACAGCAGGGACAAAUGAUGCCUCCUCAUUAUAUUCACGUGCAGCAGCAACCAAGACUUACUGGACAGCCAUUGCCAGUUCAUUUUCACCAGACAGUCUCUUUGGAACAUGAUGCUGGCAGUCAAAUGUCUGUUGCUGCUCCUCCUCCCAAGAAAAGAAAGCGACCAACUAAAAAGCAGUUGAAAGAAGCUGAAUUAGCACAACAAGCGGCUGCUGCUGCGGCGCAACAGCAAUUCAUAAUGGAGCAGCAGAUGAAUAGCCGAGUGCCUUCUGCAAAUGCUCAUACGGUGGAUAGGCCUACUGUCAUGUCACAGGUAAUGCAUAGUGGUCAGCCGAGUGUCGGCAUAACUUAUGCACAGCAUCCGCAAGGGUAUCCUUCACAAACACUUCGUUCUCCUCCGGCUGUUCCUGCACAAACUGGGCCAAUAAUGCAGAAUCCAUCUUCAAAUCCUUCUUUUUAUCAGCAACAAAACGUUUGGGUUCCACAGCACCAGCAACAAAUUAUGUCACAGCAGCGUCCACAGAUAAUGUAUAGUGGUCAGAUGCAUCAUCAUUGGCAAAACAAUCAGUCGCAUCAUUCGCGAAUGAUUUAUCCUCAAACAGAUAGUGUAUCCGAGAUGAGUGCUGGUUCAUCUGGCAGUGUCCAUACAUCUCCUAUGACUAGUCGGAAUGCGUCAAUUGACUAUUCGCCAGCAUCACAGUCUAGCAGCACGAUGUCGCCACUAUAUCAGCAACAACAACCAAAUAUGACCUACCAGCAGCCAGCAAAUCAACAAACACCUCCAUCUGCUUUAACUUAUUCGCAGUCUUCACCGUCACAGCAGCAAGUGAGUGUACCUGCACGACCUCAACAACAGCAAACAAUACCAAUGCAAAUGCAGGAAUCGCAGCAACAGCAGCCUCCGUUCUCUGCAGAACAGCAAUGUCUAGACAUGCAGCCAAAGAGCUGCUUGCCAGUGUUACAAAGUGGAGGUGAUUUUGAAAUGGAUGAUGAACUGGGUGCUAAUAUUGCUGAUGACUGUGGUGAUUACAAUGAUUUGGAUUCCAUUGAACCAAUGACCGAAUCAAGCGAAUUUGGGGCAACGUUGAUGGCUUCCCAUCAACAGCAAAUGCAACAGCGGCCAACAAAUACUCAGCAACAUAUGCAGCAUCACCACCACCAACAACAACAACAGUACUACAGUCGUAUGUUGCCUCCUCAAAAUCGGUAUGACAUCCAAUCACCAAUGCAGCAUCAAAGUGUUGGUUACAUGAGACAAAUGUGUAGUGAAACUCAAAUGCGGCAGUGUAGUUUUCCGAGUACUCUCAGUCUAUCUCAGCAACAACAAUCACUUUCUCGGGGUUAUUCAUCUCCACAGCAGCAACAGCAGCCAGCACAAGGGGCAUCCAAUUUAUUUAUGAGCCCACCACCACAACCAAGUUGUUCUCCAAGUCCUUAUACUCCUCGAUCAUCACCCCAAAAAGAUAGCAGCAACUUUACUACCCGACAGCAGCAGCCGAGACAUAUUGCGGUAACACACCAACAGUAUGCAGCAUCACCAUUGUCGCAGCAACAGUCUAUUCGUACACCACUUAGUGCUCCACCAACUGUUCAUUCACAGUCACAACUGCAUCCAACUUGUGGGCGAAUUGAUGAUUUACGAUCAUCGCGAUCAGAUGGUGAAGCAACACCACGAGCAUCAACUACUGAUUCGAACGUUGCUUCCAUUGAAUAUGACAAAGAUCCGAUCAACUCUACUAUAGAUGCAGUAGUUAUGCGAGCACUUUCCGAUCAAGACAGCUUUUCCUCGACAAGCAUUUCGAAUUAUUUUCGUGGAUCACGGAAUCGUUUAUCAACAAAUAUUCAGUCUUCGACGGCUGAACAGACUGGGACUAGUGACAGAAAAAUGAUGGGUAACAACGUUAACAACAGUAUGAGACCGGUGAAUGCAAUCAAACAACCUGGGCAAUUUCAGAGCUCUCAACAAGCUCAGCAGUUUUCAAACACUGAUGCAAUAGAAGGUUCAGGAGUCGGAGCUAGUGGUUCUCAUAAUGGUCAGGCGACAGGGAAUUCUGCCUUUCCGUCAAGUAAAACGCUAGUUUCUGCAAGUCGUGAAAGUUUUCACGGUGGAAAUAGCGAAAUGCAUGGUCUCACUCUAUCUGCUAGACAACAGAAGGACCAGAGAAUUAGUGAUCGAAUUGGCGAUCAAAGGUCAAACAACACAGCUGAACAUCACCAUUUGACCAACGGGCAUGAAUCACUGAACAUGUUAAAAGAACGCGGAUAUGUUCAGUCAUGCAACGGAGUGCUUCCGCUAUCGCAGUCAAAUGAUGACGAGCGAAGACUAACGGGUGGGUUGGUUUCAGCGGUGACAAUAACUGAUGUGCAGCAGCCGCAGAGAUCUUCGCCAAAAGUUUCGGGGACAGCGAGGCGUAAUCGCCGUAAGGCAGAUUUAUCGCUGGAAGCAUUGUCUUAUGAUGACGAAGAUGAAAUUACCGUCCCAACAUUUGGUUCGACUCCGUCAGCGUAUCAGGCUCCAUAUAUGAGACGUGUAGGUGGUCCCGGUAGUAUUGUUGUUGGAUGUAGUGGGAACACUCCAACACAACCUCCUUUCGCGAAUAUCAGUGUACAAAGUGCUCAAAAUAAUUUUUCUGCCACAGUGGCUCGGCAGCAGCAAAUGUUGAAGCAGCAGCCGAAAACGUCGUAA